ACUGGUAGACUAAUAUCUGCUUUCACUUUCAUGACAGAUAUUCACAGAAUGGUGUACCACCAAACAUUGCUCCUCACUUACUGGUAGAACCUACCACAGGAAAUUACUAUCCUACAAUUUACUUCAAUGAGUUUUGGCUGCUAAGGGACAAGUUCAUUCCAGUCAAUGAGACAGUCUCAGAACUACCACUCAAUUUGGAAAUAAGCCCCAUAAGCAUGAUGAAGUGGCAACUGUUUCAGCAAGUCGAUCAGUCUUUCCAGAUGCAGCGUAGCUAUGGAAGCAUGCUUGAUGGUGAAUCUGACGAACUUAAGAGGGUGUUUUUGGAAGGAAAUCCCUAUCUUUUGGGUAUCACGAUGUUUGUUUCGAUGCUUCAUUCAGUGUUCGACUUCCUGGCAUUCAAAAAUGAUAUCCAAUUCUGGAACAAAAACAAAUCAAUGGAAGGACUGUCUGCAAAGUCUGUUGUACUGAAUUUUAUCUGUCAGUUUGUCAUCUUCCUCUACCUGCUUGACAACGACACUUCAUGGAUGAUACUGGCUAGUUCCGGAGUCGGUGUCUGCAUUGAGUUCUGGAAAAUAGGGAAAGCCAUGCGCAUAGAGGUUGAUCGAAGUGGAAUGAUUCCAAGGUUGAGGUUCCACGAUCGUGAGUCCUAUGCAAGCAAUAAAACCAAGGAGUAUGAUGACAUUGCCAUCAAAUUCUUAUCCUAUGUGCUCCUCCUCCUUGUCAUUGGCUUAUCCAUAUAUUCUCUUGCCUAUGAACGCCACAAGAGCUGGUAUUCUUGGAUCCUGUCUUCACUAACAAGCUGUGUCUACAUGUUCGGUUUCAUCAUGAUGUGUCCUCAGCUAUUCAUCAACUAUAAGCUAAAAUCAGUGGCACAUUUACCAUGGAGACAGAUGACUUACAAGUUCCUCAACACCAUUAUCGACGAUCUCUUUGCCUUUGUCAUCAAAAUGCCGAUUCUACAUCGACUUUCUGUAUUCCGAGAUGAUGUGAUAUUCUUGAUAUACUUAUACCAAAGGUGGGUUUACCCAGUGGACAAGACACGUGUGAACGAGUUCGGUUUUGGAGGUGAGGAUGAAACUGCAGAGAAGAAGUUGAUCACUGAGAAAGAAGAAGAAGACAAGAAAACAAACUAAUCUCUUCUCUUCUUCCUUUUUGUUUUGGUGGUCGCACUUUCUAAACCAAUUUUACAACAGUCCAGAUAUAGUUUCUUAAUUUAUUUUUGUUUUCACUUUUGGAAAUUGUUUUGUUAAAGUUUAAUGUCAACUUUCAAGACACAUUAUAAAACAACUCCGUUGGU